AUGAAGCUUACAAUCAUUGCUCGUCUGCUCCUUGCUUCACCACUUGUUUCCGCCCAAUUCGAUACAGUGUUUGCUUUGACUAAGGCCCUUGGUCUCACUGUCAAGUUCGACUGCGCCCUUCCUUGCAUCCUAGAAGCGGCAAAUAAGAUUCCGUGCAACGAGAAAGGUCCUGCAGAUACAAUCUGUAGCAACAUUGCUACCAUCACCACAUAUGCUAAGCCAUGUGCUGAGAAAUGCGACGCGGAUCGAGCAAGUACUUUUAUCCAGGAAUUAACUCAGUACGUUUGUAAGCAGGGGGUUCCAAAGUCAGACCAACCCUCCGGAGUCGACGAAAAUAAGGAGGGUGGAAAUCAAGAUAACACGGAAUAUGCGGAACCGGAAAAUCCCCUGGGAUAUAAAGAGGUGGAGGCUGAGUCAACCGUGAAGGACGAACUUUGA